CCUUCUUUUUCUCCCACCACCCGCGCUAUCAUUUCCAUCUGCGCUCCCCGACUCUUGGCUCUCACAGCCCCGCCGCAUCCAUCAAAUAUGACUCGCAUCACCCCGAGACUCUGUGCUGGCGCUACAUAGGAAUUUGUUCCCAAAUGACUAUGCAUCUCACAGCGCUGCUCUUGUUUGUGGCUGUAACAGGCGUUGCCAGAGGAUGCAGCUCUGGAUGCAACACUGAGAAUGGAUUUUGUGAGAAGACAGGGAAGUGCAGGUGCAAACCAGGCUGGCAAGGAGACGACUGCCAGCGCUGCAUCCCAUUCCCAGGUUGCUUGCACGGCUCCUGCGAGAAAGCAUGGCAGUGUAUCUGUCAGGAGGGCUGGGUGGGCAGCCUGUGUGACCAAGAUACUCGCCUGUGCUCAUCCAGGCCUUGUUCUGGGAAUGCCACCUGCAUAGAGACCGGCGAGGGGGGUUACCUGUGCGUCUGUCCCCAUGGAUAUACCGGUCCAACGUGUCACCUGAAGAGGAACCUCUGUCACAUGAAUGGCUCUCCUUGUCAGAACGGAGGCACAUGUAAGGACACAGAUGACCCCCCCGAAGUCCACUUUUCCUGUUUAUGUCCCCCUGGAUUUUCUGGAGAAUUCUGCGAGGUACGUGUUGACAGCUGCCAAUCCAACCAGUGUCUGAACGGCGGCAACUGCACAAACCACGGCGCGACCUUCACGUGUUCCUGCCCGCUAGGCUUCGCCGGUUUAACUUGUAAUGACACCGCCGCCUUCACGCCGUGUGGCAGCAGGCCUUGCUCCAACGGGGCCACUUGUGUCGACCAACCCGAUGGAACCUUCCGGUGCAUUUGUCCCAAAUGGUUUUCAGGUCCGCUGUGUUCCCUGCAGCACAAACCAAAAUCCAAGCCCAAGCAGGCCGGCACCAAGCCAGUGAACCAUAGGGUGUUUGCGCUAACUCCACAGCACUACUCCCUCCCUGCACACGCCUUCCACAAGCUCCUCCAACCGUCUGAUCGGGACCUGCUCAAGAUCACAUUGAAGGAGACGGUCCACCACUCCCCAGGGGUCCUGUACACACACGGUCAGCUGGUCUGCUUCGGCAUGCUGGCCCUGCUCACCUGCCUAGUCAUCCUACUCACAGCCGGCAUCGUGCUGUUCGGCCGCUGCGAGGCAUGGAUGGCUAACGCUAAAUAUAGAAAGCUUGUACGACAGCAGCGUGAGCACCUGCUGAGGGAGGUGGGUGGAGCUAGCCAGGAGGAGGCGGAGCACUCGGUGAACAUUAUCCUGCCGGAGAAGAUCAGACUGAACAGCUUUGGAAAGCACUACACCUCCAUCUGACAUCUUGAAGGAGUAACUCGUGAAUGUGUUAUGUAAAGUAGCAGGAGGGGACCUUGUUGAUGUACAUUGCAAGUUGAUUGUAUACUUUUUAAUGUGUGAUAUUAUGAAACAUGUUAUACCAAAUAGCAAUGUGGUAUUUUGUCACGUGACUAUAAUAGCUCAGCUGGCCAACAGUCAUCCAGUUAACAUAUGCAACAAUUUUUAGGGCCGUUGUGCAUUUUAUAUAUGUCCUUUUAAUGCGAAAACUGCAAAAACGCAAGGUAGUCCUGCACAGUAUUUUGGCACCCAAUACAAGACCCGCAUUUACAAACAUAACUAAACACAACGGUGGUGUUUUUCCAGCUCCAUCUGGCGGAUCUGGUGGGUCAUUGCACCACUUGGCCCUAAGCAAUUGGACUAGAACAGCGAAACACACUUUUUGAAGCGGGAUUUGGGAAUUUCUUGGAAAUCAAAAGUUGCGUGUUUUUUUCAUACUACUAACUUACGAAAAAUAAUAAUGAUAAUGCUCAUUUUUGAUUAACAUCAUCAGAGUGGUCUUAAUUUAACAUUUCCUAUUGUGGUUGCAUUUUUUUAAACCAAACUGCAGUAUAUUACUUAUAUUUAUUAUGAGUAUUAUUAUUAGUUUGUUUAAUUAUUAUUUUAAUGGCUGAAUUUUGUUGCACAAGGCUAAUACUGGAUUUUAUUGAAUUGUGCAGGUUAUAUUUGUGGUUAGUGACUAAAAUAUGCAUUUAAUUUGAAAUGUUCUCUGUUAAACAACCUAUAAAUAUAAAGAACCUUGUAAAAAGCUCAGUGUACCUGCAGGCGACUUAAGACACACACCACUGAUUGAUUGCAAUUCUCCUUCUGUUUGCUAUUUCCUAAUGUGUUUUGUACACGUCAAUAAAUACACGUUUUGUCAUAGCUUCCAAAAAGAUCUCUUUAGCUG